AACAAAAGGAAAUAUGUACACGAUUGGCAAACAGAUCAGCAAAAAUGAAGCAGAGACGCUGGUCAGAACAGUGGACGCAGGAGUUAUCCGAGCAAUGCAGAAAUCCUUCGCUUUUGUGUGCCCUCGAGCUUCUAUGGAAGGUAGUCUGGCCAGUCUUGGAAUACGAAAUUAUCACUUUGGCGAAGAACAGUUUUACAAAAUGUUCUACAGUUUUGCUGUUCCUAACGGCUCUCCCAUGAAGGAAGCUUUUGGUCAAAUAAUUACUAGACUAAACGAGAUGGGAAUAAUAAUGAAGUUGUACAAAGACGUGUUAGCUGAGCGCCAAAGAAAACAGAAGUUUCUGAGAAAAACCAACGUCACCAUUGAUCUAGAAACAGUAGAAACAGAAGGAGAACGAGGACCGCGUCCUUUACAUCUUCAAGAAUUACUGAGUGCUUUCACCGUUUUUGCUAUUGGGCAAACCAUGGCUAUGUUGGUGUUCUUUUCUGAAUUGGGAUAUUAUGGUUGCGACAUGAAUACAUAUUUUCGCUGCUAAAGAUCAUAAAAUCCAAUAUCUAUAUUGUA